GUGUUUCUGUGUCCUGUCACGUUGUGUAACCCCGCAGAGCUUCAUCUCCAAUGUCUCCCCGCGGCGUUUUGUGCCCUUUGUUUCUUUUCGAGGCACGGGUCGGCCACUCAGAGGGCUCACAUUCCUGAGGUAAGCCUAUCUUAUUGACCCCCCCACCACCCAACACCCUAAAAAAAGACAGGACCAUCAGCGGCAUGGCGUCCCUCCCCUUUUCUCCCUGUAAGACUCCUCUGGCAGCUGGAACCAGUAGAUGAACAAGGACUCUCGGAUUCGCCAGCAGUCUUCUUCAGCAGUUCUUAUCUGAAGGAACCUGAUGGAGGACAAGUCAACGAGGACGUCCAAGCAGGAAUCUUAGCGAAGACACGGGAAGAUUCAAUCAAGUACAGAAGGAGAUAAAAGUGCAAGAAGAAAAAGUUAAGAGAUUUAAGUGUUCGGAGAGUCGUAAAAACGAGAGCAGAACUAUGAGCACCUUCGGGUACCGCGGGGAGCUGAAGAAGUACGAGGAGGUGGACGAAGACGAGCUGCUGGCCACUCUGUCCUCCGAGGAGCUCCAGGAGCUGGAGAGGGAGCUGGCCGACCUCGACGACAACGUCCCCAUCGGCCUGAGGCAGAAAGACCAGACCGCCAAAACCCCAACGGGGAGCUUUGACAGGGACGCUCUGCUGAAAUACUGGGAGGACGAGAACAAGAAGCUGGUGGAGGACGAGAGGAUGGAGUCCAACGAAGGACAGGAGGGACGGCCGGAUAAGAGCAGAGGGGAGCGAGUGACGGUGACCACCAGUGACGCCGGCAAGACUCUGGAAAGCGACAGGAAGAAGAUUUCACAAAAGGCGAAAAAAGCACCGAGCAAAAAUGAUGCAAAGAAAGAUGAGGCCGAAAAGAAAGACGAGUGUAAAAAGGAGGCUCUGAUCAGGAGUAAAUGUCCUCAGAAGAACGGCCUGUCAAAAGUCUCGAGGAGUGAAUCUAGGAAGACUGAAACCACGGACGCCACCUCCGACAGAGCGAGCGGAAACCCGAUCGUCAUCGACGAAACUCUGGAGCAGAUCCUGUGCGACGACCCCGCCGUUAGCGAGGUCAACCUCAACAACAUCGAAGACAUUUCCCAGGAAACCUUGCUUCGUUUCGCCGAGGCCUUGUGCGCAAACACUCACGUCCACGUUUUCAGCCUCGCCAACACGCACGCCGACGACCGGGUCGCCUUCGCUGUCUCCAAGAUGCUCCGCGAGAACCGCUUCAUAAGAAACCUGAACAUUGAGUCCAACUUCGUGUCCGGUCAGGGCAUCCUGGCUCUGCUGGCGGCGCUGCAGCACAACAGUUCCCUGGUGGAGCUUCGCUUCCACAACCAGAGGCACAUAUGCGGAGGGAAGGUGGAGAUGGAGAUGGUCCAGCUGCUGAGGGAAAACACCACUCUGCUCAAGCUCGGUUACCAGUUCGACCUCCCGGGCCCGAGGAUGACGGCGACCAGCAUCCUGACGCGCAACCAGGACCGACAGCGGCAGAGGAGGCUCCAACAGAAGAAGGAACAGAGUCCUCCAGAGGGGUCCGGACAAAGUCCUGCUUCACCUGCAGAAAACGGAGCACCAAAGAAGCCGUCACAAUCUUCUAAGACUGCUGGAAAUCAGAACAGAAAUCCUCCUCCUCCUCCUCCUCCUCCUCCUCCUCUUCAGUCUUUAGAGCCGCCAACGAGGAAGAUCUCUGAAAUGGUCAGACAACACGAAGGCUCGAACAGCACAAAGACGCAGUCAAACCAAAGGAAGCCAAAGUCAAAGAAGCUCAAGAACGGCGCCAACGAAAAGGAGAGCGCGGACAUUCUCAAAGACCUAAAGAAGGCGCUGAAGCCAUCGCUGCAGAAGAGACGAGACGGACCGCCACAUCUGCCGCCGCAGACGUCAAGCCGCGACGACCUGAUGGCGGCGAUUCGUGGGAGCAGCAUCGGGUCGUUAAAAAGGGUGGAUCUGUCACAGGCCUGAACUCACCUUCUCAUCACACCUGAACACUUCUCACUUUGUAUUGAAAUAUUUCAUUUUUUUUUCCCACACUAAAAUGUCACUUAGCGAAGCAGCAGCAGACUGCAUUUCUGUACGUUUCAGACGUUAUUGUUGUAUUUUGUUACUGUGUGAAACCGACUGUGAAUUCUGAUGUGUAGAGAAAUAAAAUGUAUCUUCUGA